UGGGAUUUAGGAAAGUUCUCAACACAGUACGUUCAUGUCUACCUUUUCCUUCACUUUCUUCCCUUCCAUUUCCGCCGGAAAUUCCUGAUGCACGGCGAACCCACCUGCCGGAAAAACCCAACUUUAUGUUCAUCCUUCUUGCUUGGUUUUCUCAUUGUUUUCUUAUUGAGUUUUCGCCAUGGAUGUUGCAAAUCAGAUAUUCAUACUGGAUACAGGUUAACGCUUGCUGUACCUGUUGAAUAUACUGUAGGAUUCAUUGGGAGAGCUUUUCUGAUUGAAAGCAAUCAAAUGGCACCAAAUUUUAAAACUGCAUUGAGUGUUGAAGCUGUUAAUGGGAAAUACUCUUGUUCUUUGCAAGUUUUUCUUGGAGAUGUCAAGGUGUGGAACUCUGGGCAUUAUUCGCAUUUUUAUGUGUCAGAAAAAUGUGUCCUUGAAUUGACUCAAGCCGGGGAUUUAAAGCUAAAAGGUCCAAAGAACAGAGUUGGGUGGCGAACUGGGACUUCAAGACAAGGUGUGGAGAGAUUGCAGAUUCUUAAGACUGGUAAUUUGGUUUUAUUGGAUGCUUUGAAUCUUAUAAAGUGGCAAAGUUUCAAUUUUCCAACUGAUGUAAUACUUUGGGGGCAGAGCUUAAAUCUGGCCACUCGCUUAACUUCUUUCCCCACCAACUCAACAGAAUUCUACACAUUUGAAAUUCAAUAUGAUAAAAUUGCUUUAUACCUUCAUUCAGGUAAGUGGAACUAUUCUUACUGGGAAUUUAAGCCUUCUAAGAACAGAAACAUCACCUAUAUUGUUUUGGGUUCAAAAGGCUUAGAGGUUUACAAUGACAAAGCUAAAAAAAUAGCCCAGAUUUUUUCAUCUCAACAAUUAGACCCCUUGAGAUUUUUAGCAUUGGGAAAUAAAACAGGAAAUUUUGGACUGUAUUAUUUCUCAGAAGAUGAUUAUAAUUUUAAGGCAGCAUUUCAAGCCAUUAACGACACUUGUGAUCUUCCCCUGGCCUGUAAACCUUGUGACAUAUGUACUUUCUCCAAUACUUGUUCAUCUAUUCACCUGUUAACACAAAAACACAAGAAAAAUUCUGGGUGUGGUGAAGGAGCUCCUGGAGAAGUGUUAUGUGGAAGAGAUAAGGUUGAGAUGCUUGAAUUCCAUGGAGUUACAAGUGUACUAAAAGAUGCUCCUAGAAGGGUUAAUGUUAGCAAGGAUUUAUGUGCAAAUUUGUGCAUAGAUGAUUGUGAAUGUGUUGCUGCAUUGUAUUCUUCUGAUACAAAAGAAUGCAAAAUUUAUGGAGUGGUUAUUGGGGUAAAGCAAUUUGAGGGGGGAAAUGGAUUGAGUUAUAUGGUAAAGGUUCAGAAAGGAAUACAUACCAGUCAUGGCAAGUCAAAUUUGAAAAAAUGGGUUAUGAUCUUGGUGGGGGUGGUUGAUGGUCUGAUUAUUCUUCUUGUUUUUGGAGGGCUGGCCUACUAUUUGAUUCAGAAAAGAAGAAAGAAGUUAUUGGCUACUGGCAACAACAAUACUUCUUGAAAGUUGGCAGCAUUAAAAUUUUUUUUUUGGGUUAUUUACAGGGCUAAGAGAGCAUUUUUUGUUUUUUUGUUAAUUUUAUACUUACUGAUGUUCAUAGAAAAGAGUUAUGAAGUUCAACAUUUUUGAAGUUA